AUGCGCUAUUUCGCUAAUAUAGAGCUGGGGAAAUUCAUGGGCCGUAUGGAGAAGGAAGGUAUUCUCAACGACACCAUCGUGGUCAUUGUCGGCGACCACGGCCAGGCACCUGAGGCUGAGGUGACGAAUACUCAUGAAGAAUCAGUGACGCGUGUUGCUGGUGCUAUUAUUGCUGAAGGACGACUAGGAAAUGCUGCUGGUCUCAUCAUUGAAGACGCUGUUGAGCAGUACGAUAUUCUCAACACAUUGGCCGAUAUAACUGGUCUGCCUGAAGGAGGUUUUGUGCAGAACGGUAUUGGACGCUCACUUAAACGGAAGGUCCCUUUCGGAGAGCGUGUGGUCUUCAGCAACGACCCUAGUCGAAAGAUGUCAAUUGUACGAGGCCACAGGCGUCUGCGUUAUGAUCAAGUGACUGCAUCGAUGAUGCUGCACAAUACUGAAAAUGAUCACGCGAUGACCAGGGAUCUGUUUCCAGGACUUUCAGCCGAAGAGCGGGCUGAAUGGGAGUAUUGGCGUGACCGUGGCCGUCAUGUCACCGCGUAUUAUACGAAGCGGUGGGACGAGAACUGCUUGCUGGCUGUCAGUUGUACUAAAGGAAACUAA